AAAAAAAUGUGCAGAAAAAUCGAAAAUCAAUCGAUAUCCAUACGUGAGACGGAGGAGGAGACGGGAGACUUGCCAUUUACAGCGUACAGGCGUCGGAGCUCCAUCGCCGGAUCUCGCGCUCCCUCACUGAAACUGAGGAUCCCAAGCUCACCCUCCGAUCACCGAGCUCAUUGCAGCAGCAGCGAAGAGAUCACCGACAGCAGCAGUGUUCCUCCGGCGAGCUCCGCCUCUGCAUUUUUAUGUCUCGAGCACCAAACCAUGAGUUCCAGGAAUGGUGGAACAAGCAGCGGGAGCGAAACCACGACCUCUUCUCCUACUCCUCCGACGACGAUCCCUCCACCAGUGGCAAUGCCAGCGGCAGCGGCAGCUUCGGUAACGGCGUCGGCGGGGGAGGAUACGGCUACCACGCUGUCGAGAUCCGCGGACACUCCUCCGAUCCGACGGUGGAGAAGUCCCGCGCCCGGAGCGCCCGCCAGAUCCGAUUCUUCUGCUUCCUCAAGCUCCAGCAGAUCGCUUCGUCCUUCGCGUCUCUCGCCGGCGCUUCCGUCUCCGUCCUCCGGACGGCGAACCGCCGGAUCGUCGCCUCGCCGGCAGACUCGUCAUCGUCGAGGCUGUACCGGAUCAUUAGGUUCUUCCUGAUCCUUGUCAUUGUGUUGCUCGGGUUUGAGCUGCUGGCCUACUAUAAAGGCUGGCAUUUCAGGCCCCCGCGGCCGCCGCACGUUGGAUCGAAGGAGUUGUUGGAUUGGUUAGGGCUUGUCUAUGCGUGGUGGCUUGACAUUAGAGCAAAGUAUUUGGCACCGCCAUUGCAGAGCUUAGCAAAUAUCUGUAUCAUUCUGUUCUUGAUACAGUCGGUGGAUCGCUUGGUGCUGGUGCUGGGUUGUUUCUGGAUUAAGUUUAGGGGGAUAAAGCCGGUGGCGAAUGUGGAGUAUGGGAAGGAGGGCUUGGAAAAUGGGAAUGCGGAGGAGUAUCCCAUGGUGAUGGUCCAGAUUCCUAUGUGCAAUGAGAAGGAGGUAUACCAACAAUCUAUCGCAGCAGUCUGCAUCCUGGACUGGCCAAGGGAGAAGAUGCUUGUUCAGAUUCUAGAUGAUUCUGAUGAUUUAGAAGUUCAACAACUUAUUAAGGCUGAAGUACAGAAAUGGCAGCAAAGAGGUGUUAGGAUAGUGUACAGACAUCGACUUAUACGCACUGGAUAUAAGGCGGGGAAUCUCAAAUCUGCCAUGGGAUGUGAUUAUGUAAAAGACUAUGAAUUUGUGGCUAUAUUUGAUGCAGAUUUUCAGCCUGCACCAGAUUUCUUGAAGAAAACUAUACCAUACUUUAAGGGAAAUGAUGAUCUGGCCCUAGUUCAGACGAGGUGGGCCUUCGUCAACAAGGAUGAGAACUUGCUCACGAGAUUGCAGAACAUAAAUUUAUCAUUCCACUUUGAAGUUGAGCAGCAAGUUAAUGGAGUAUUUAUUAACUUCUUUGGCUUCAAUGGAACUGCCGGUGUGUGGAGAAUCAAAGCCCUUGAGGACUGUGGUGGCUGGUUGGAGCGAACAACUGUUGAAGACAUGGACAUUGCUGUUCGUGCUCACCUCUGUGGAUGGAAGUUCAUAUAUCUGAAUGAUGUGAAGUGUCUCUGUGAACUUCCAGAGUCAUACGAAGCAUACAAGAAACAGCAACACCGUUGGCAUUCUGGACCUAUGCAGCUUUUCCGAUUAUGCUUCUUUGACGUAAUAAAAUCUAAGGUCAGUGUUGCAAAGAAAGCUAACCUGAUAUUCCUGUUCUUCCUCCUCCGGAAACUUAUUCUGCCUUUCUACUCAUUCACACUCUUCUGCAUUAUUCUGCCACUCACCAUGUUCCUGCCCGAAGCUCAGCUACCCGCUUGGGUUGUCUGUUAUGUUCCCGGAAUUAUGUCCAUCCUAAAUAUUCUCCCAGCCCCUCGUUCAUUUCCCUUUAUUGUCCCGUACCUCCUUUUUGAGAACACCAUGUCAGUCACCAAAUUCAAUGCCAUGAUAUCUGGACUUUUUAAGUUUGGUAGCUCUUAUGAGUGGAUAGUGACAAAGAAGCUGGGAAGGUCAUCGGAGGCUGACCUGGUCUCCUAUGCAGAGAAAGAAACUGACCCUAUGUUACAGUCUGGGAAUCUCCAGCGUUCGUCAUCAGAACCAGGCAUUGCAGAGUUGACCAAACCGGUUCCGAACAAAACCGGGAAAUCCAGGAGGAACCGGCUGUACAGGAAAGAACUCGCGCUCGCAUUUAUUCUGUUGACUGCUGCAGUGAGGAGCUUGCUGUCUGCACAAGGGAUUCACUUCUACUUUCUUCUGUUUCAAGGGGUAAGUUUCUUAGUCGUCGGCCUUGAUUUGAUAGGAGAGCAGGUGAGCUAGCUGGUGUGGUGAUCCCACCUUAGAAAUCCUCCAAAUUGCACCUCAUCUUACUCGACAUAAGUUAAAUCUUCAUUGGGUGAUCAGGACCAUUCCAUCACAUGUUUAUAUAUAUAAUUCUUUGUGCUGCAAUUGCAUCAUUGUCUUGUCUACCCGUUCCAUCACGCCGCAUGGCAUAGAGUUCAUAUUGAGCUCGACCCCACUUGGCAGAUGGCGUGCGUAGCCUUGGAAAAGAGUGUAGAAACGGGUGGUGGGAUGAAAUACUCAUUCACCCGAUCGAUUGUUUUUGGUGUAAUAGCAUAUGUAUUAUGAUACAUGUUGUACACUUGCUGGCCACGAGAAGGUCAAGGCAGAAAUUCGUUUUAGAGAUUCGUUUUUCAUUUAUAUUCUUUUCAUUUGGUAGAUCGUGUGGUUUAGAUUGUGAACCACACAGUUGAUUUCAUUCCCAGAGAACUCAUAUUGGUGUAAUGCAGAUUGCAGAAUUAGAUUUUUUUUUUUUCGAC